AUGGCAUAAAAUCCUGCCAUCAUCGAAGUGGCUGAGAAUCCUGAGGAAAUCAAAAAGAAGAUCAAAGCCUUGCCAUUGAAGGAGAAGUUGAAAGCAGUGGCUUUGAAUUAUUACUUGCAAUAGAAAAAGAAGUUGGAUAUAGAAUUGGAGAAGGAAAUGAAAAAACUUUAAAUUCAAUUUGAUGAGAAGGCAGCAAAAAUAUAUAAAGCAGUAGAUAUGAUGAAAUAACAGAUAGUCAAAUGAAAUUAUUGAAGGGACGCGUUUGCUUACAGAAGAGGAAUUGAAGGAUGUUGAUUUUUAUCUGGAAGGAGAGGAAGCCACAUAGAAGAAUCAGGCUUUGACAGCUGAGCCAAUCAAUGGUUAUUGGUUUAAGGCACUGAAGAAUUCAGAUAUCAUAGCGCAAGAAAUUAAGGACAGAGAUGAUCCUAUUUUAAAAUCACUUACAAAGAUCGAAUAUGAACCUCAAGAGAAGAGUGACAAUUUUUCAUUGAAUUUUUAUUUUGCUCCAAAUGAUUACUUCAAAAACUCAGUGCUGAAGAAAAAGUUUAUAUUGAAAGGUGUAAAUUAUUGAUUAAUUUUGAAGAUGGUGAAAACCCAGUGAAAAGUGAAGGUACGAUCAUAGAGUGGAAUGAUGGUAAGAAUGUGACUCGAAAGUUGAUAAAGAAAAAACAAUUGGAGAAGAAGAGCGGUAUAGUGAAGACGAUCUCCCAGGAAGUGGAUGCAGAAAGCUUUUUCAUCUUCUUUAAACCAAUAAAUUUAGAAGACAAAGAACAAAUUGAGAAAUGGGUGUAAGAGAAUAAAUUGGAUAAAUAUGCAGAACGUAUGGAUAUCGAUUAUGAUAUUGCUCGUAUGAUUAUAGAUGAAAUCAUUCCUUAUUCGUUGGAGUAUUAUUUGGGAGUCAAAAUUAAUGAUGCCUUUGAUGAUAUUGAGGAAGUGGAUGCUGAAUCUUCAAAGGGUAGUGAUGAUGAGGAAGAAAACAAAUGAGGAAAUAUUAGAUGAAUUGAUG